CAAACCUUCCAACAAUGCAAGGUGACAGCAAAAUUUUAUAAUUUGAACAUAAACUAGUUUACAUCGUAAUACAUUUUGAAAAUUGUAGGGUUUGUCCCGUACUUAAUGUAUAUUUUUCGGUAACUAUUAAUCUGCCUGUUCAAAACUGCGCAUCAGAUUUUAGUGUGUUAUCAUCAGGUCCUAUGGUGUAAAGUGCAAUCUGCAAUCCGUUUUAUCUCUCUGGCCUCAUUUUGUAUGUGCUGUGAACAAGGGCUGUUGCCUGAAUGUAGCAUUUAUUUAUUUUAAGGCCGUGUUGCUGACGAAUUUUCUGUCUCAAUGUCUGACAAGUGGUAUAAUCGUUUGUGUCGUGCUUUUCCCAUCAUGCAGUAUCCAGGCUUCCCACAAACGUACUCGGAGAGUGCCCUCCUCAGCCUUUAUGAGAAUAAAAAAUUCACAAGAUCAUUUGUGUUCAACUUCCCACCCAACAUCGUACAAGGAAGCAGUUCAGCCGUCCUUUACAUCUACGGAGACAUCAUUGGACCCUCCCUCACUGGGCUGGACCAGCUCAUUCAGAUGCCGUACGGCUGCGGGGAGCAGAACAUGAUCAACUUUGCACCGGGAAUCUACAUCCGAAUAUAUCUGGACGUGUCCCGCCAGACAACGCCAGAUAUCGCUGCUAAAUCCUUGAAUUACAUGAAUUCUGGCUAUGAACGAGAGCUCAUGUACAGGAGAAGUGAUGGCUCCUUCAGUGCAUUUGGAAACUCUGAUCAACAAGGCAGUACAUGGUAAUAGCCUACAGCUAAGAA